UCAAAAUAAUAUGUUGAAAUUACCAGAACCUUCUGAACGUGAACACAGAAGGAUUAUUGCAAGAUAUAGAGAUGGAGGACAAAUAAAAUCAGCACCAAGACCAGGUCUUAUGAAAAUUGUUAAAAAAGAUAGAACACAAACUCUCUUUGAUCCUAUUAACCAGUUUAAUGAAAUAAAUAAUUCAUCUAAAGAUUGUUUAACAUGGUAUUGUUUAAGAAGAAAUUGGAUUAAUGAAUGGGAUUUAAUAAUAUGGAGUGAUGAACCACGUUUUGAAAUAUUUCUCAUUAUAUGUGGCAUAGACCUUAAGAAAAAUAUGACAUUGACUGUUUAA